AUGGCUGCCGUCUCUGAAAUCAACUGCGAUGACACCCAUUCCAAUAAUCGGUGGGCCAUCGUCGGCCAGGGCAUGUUCGCACUUCGUGAGAUCAACCAGAUAGAAAGGGAAAUGCGCUCCUACCUCCAGUGGCUGCUCAACAUCGAGCCCUCAGCCCUCAAGGAGUUCGAGCCCAAGCCCCGACGCGACUUCAAGGGCUCCGGGCCGUAUCCCACCACUCGUUACCCGAACGCCGUCGCGACCGGCCCGUUGGACGUCGCCGUCGCCUCCCAGAACACCGACCUGCUGCGCUGGCACUCUAAGCUCGACACCAACCACCUCCGGAAUCCCAUUGUCAAAGCCGAGCGCGGUAUCGGAGGGCUGAGCGAGGGGGCGAAGGCGGAAACGACUCACGAGCCCGGUGCGGAGGUGCAUGCCUGCAACCGCGCGUGCGAGGCACCUGAGCCGUUCGACGCCGAAGGCAAGGCGAGCCCGCUCUUCGCGCCCGUCAAGCCUUGCGCGCACCCAGGCUGGCAAGUCGUCGUCAAUCGGUUGGUCUGUGGUCCCGAACGUCAAAGUCAGGCUGGUUGGGCCGCGCGUACGGGUCUUUUGGUGGUCGCGGUGCAUCCUUACACCGGGGCGUUCGCGUGCAAAGCGUGCGGUCUUUGGCACGACUAUUUCGCCAAGAUCAUGGCGCUUUGA